CGCUCCUGGUGCAGGGACAGUUCAGCCGCUUCGAGGGCAUCACCUACCCCGAGCCAGUGCAGUACUCCCAGUACGACCAGCAGGCAGACUGCCGGGAGGAGCAGUACCCCUGCACCCGGCUCUACUCCGUGCACAAGCCCUGCAAGCAGUGCCUGAACGAGAUCUGCUUCUACAGCCUCCGCCGGGUUUAUGUCAUCAACAAGGAGAUCUGCGUCCGCACCGUGUGCGCCCACGAGGAGCUGCUGCGAGCCGACCUGUGCCGGGACAAGUUCUCCAAGUGCGGGGUGAUGG